GAAACUACUUCUUUCUGAAGGGAAUACCCAGUAGCAGUUUGUCAUAGCUGCAACUGGAAGCUCAAGAAUUCACCAUAAUGCAAAGACUGACAAUAACUCGUACUUUCUCCUUCAACAAACUAUCUUCCAAUUUCAAUCAGAAAAUUCUAUUUUUCUCAUCGGAAACAGAAAUACCUCUACCUCUAAUCGGCGCACACGCCGAUGAUCCUCUUUACACAGACGUACCGAAACCCCGUAGAGAUAAGUCGGAGAGGAAGCCGUUCCCGACGCCGAUGAAAGUACUAAUUCAAAGAGUAAAGCGAGAGAAAGAAGCUAGGAAAAUCCAGCCUUGUAGAAUGCUGGAACAUCCUCCUGAUAAUGGAUUACUAGUCCCUGAACUCGUUCCCGUGGCUCAUCGAGUUUAUCGUGCUCGGGAAUCGCUUCUUUUUGGCUUAUCUAAGCUCGUUAAAGCCGUUCCUGUUCAAAAAUGCAGGUUCUGUUCUGAGGUUCAUAUUGGCCAUGUGGGUCAUGAGAUAAGAACCUGCACUGGUUCAGGAAGCGGUUCUCGGAAUGCUACUCAUGUUUGGAGAAGGGGAGGAGUGAAUGAUGUGAUCUAUUUCCCUAAAUGCUUCCAUCUCUAUGACCGUGUGGGAAAGCCGAGAGUUGGACAUGAUGAGAGGCUUUCUGUCCCGAGAAUUCCUGCUAUAGUAGAGCUGUGUGUACAAGCUGGUGUCGAUAUUGAUAAGUUCCCUACUAAGAGGAGGACAAAACCUGUUUAUUCUAUUGAAGGAAGGAUAGUAGAUUUUGAGUUAGUGGCGGAUAAGGAUUACACGAAGGAAAAUUUUUACUCCGAGAAUAUUGAUUCUCUUGUAGAUUCUAGUUUUGGGUUUAAAUUCGACGAAGAAAUACAUACUGAUCAUUUGAGUGGUUCAAGUGGUGGACCAACUGAGUCGAGGGAUUUAAGCAUUGAGACCAUUGAUUGGUGGUUCGAAAUGAUCUCAGGUGCCAAGAAGAUCAUGGAAAAAUACAGUGUGUUAACUUGUGGUUAUUGUCCUGAGGUUCAGGUUGGUCCCAAAGGACAUAAACUAAGGAUGUGCAAGGCGAGUAAGCAUCAGGCUCGUGACGGUCAACAUGCAUGGCAAGAAGCGACUAUAGACGAUCUGGUCGGUCCAAAUUAUGUCUGGCAUGUUCAAGAUUUGAAUGAUCCUUCUCUAGAUAACAAAUUAAAGAGGUAUUAUGGCAAGGCUCCAGCUGUGAUUGAACUAUGCGUGCAGGCCGGCGCUCCUGUUCCAGAUCAAUACCGGAGUAUGAUGAGAUUAGACGUAGUUCCUCCUAACCGUGAUGAAGCUGAUCUUGUUGCCUGAAUCAAAACUGGUGUUUCAUGUCAGCUUAGAUGUAUGAUAUCUAUAUGCAGUGCUUAACAAGCCGUUGGUGUGACAAAGCAUGUGCUUAUAUGAUGUUGAUAUAUGUAGCACGUAAACAGAAAUGCUGAUACGGAAAAUGCAUUGAUGGGAAACAGCGAAAUUACAUUGAGAAGCAUUUUUGGAAGCGGAGUUUUCGUGUUUAUAUUGAGUUUUUGUUGAUUAACUACUGCAUGGUAAGUGACUUGGAAAUAUGUCAAGAAGUGUCAGUUCAGAUGUUAGUUUAGUUGUUUAGUACUGCCUGCUGUUUGGUUCCACUCGGCCAAUACAUAAUUUUACAAACUGUUGUACGGUGCUUGUAAUUUUUUUGUAUUUUGGAACACUCAAAAUCUUAUUAUAAAAUUCAAUUACAAUAUAUAAAUAUUAAUUAA